GACAGGAAGCUGCUGUAAGUCUGAAUGUUUCUAAUUGACCGUUUACAGCUUCUUUAUAGCACUGCUAACAAGCAGAGAGGCUAACGGGUUAGCUAACACCACAGGUGUACCCCGUCAGAGACUGGUCCUGGUCCGGGUCCGGGUCUUGGUUAGCAAUUAGUUCCCCUUCCUGAAUUAUUCCGUGUUUCUCUGUUUGGAGACUAACUUGUGUCGUUAUUCUCCACAGUUUGACUGUAGGGCGUAUUCAGGUGUCGUCAGUCAGUUAAAAAUAUAAACACAGAAGAAGAAACGUUCUUUUGAUGCAUUAAAGGACCGUCGUUUUUUUUCAAGUCCAAUAUAUAAAGACUGAUUGCAUUUGUGUAGAAAUGAAAAAGAGAAGAACGGGGUUGAUGGUGUGAUAUCCUUUGAUUAUAUUGCUGGUACAUAUAUUAAAACCAAACAUUCUUUCUGUAUAAAGUGAAGUCAGAAUCAAUAUUAUGAAUAAUAAAUCUGCGAGGCCCUUCUACUGCAUGCUGGUUUGGUUCAGGUUGGAGUAGCACAGAAAAAACCUUCUGAUCACAGAGAUGAUGAUGAUGCUGCAGGUAACUGUGGGUCUGUUGUAAUAAUCCAUCAGUUAAUGUUUAAAGUUAAUGCCCAGGUGCCCUUAACUAGUCUUAAUCAAUACAAGACAUAUAGUGGAAGAAGUAUUCAGAUCAUUUACUUCAGUAAAAGUACUGAUACCACACUAGAAAUACUCCCAAGUAAAAGCCCUGCAUUGAAAAAUUAAGUAUUAUCAGCAAAAUGUACUCAAAGUGUUGAAAAGUAAAAGUAUUUGUUUGUUGUCAGAAUGAGCCCAGUCAGUGUGAUUAAUUACUGGAUCGUUGUUGUUAUUGAUGUGUAACACUGUACUUGAAUGUUAUAGCUGCUGCAGGUGGAGCUCAUCUGAAAUUCUUCAUAUACUUUAUUACUGAUUGCGAGAUAAUCUGUAACACAGCAACUGAUUUUGGAGCUGAUCACAUGGUUUGAUCAUCUUAAGUAACUGUCAGAUAAAUGUGGUGCAGUAGAAGUAGAAAAGAAAAGACUCAAUUAAAUUACAAGUACUUCAAAGUUCAGUUUUUACUUCACAGUAAACUGAAGUCGACUCAGACUGAAGUGAGGAGUGAAUCGAUUCGUCUGUGAAUUCAGAGACUAAUCAGCAGUUUGAUUCAUCGGUGUCUUCAUCUGUGAGCUGCAGUGGUGUUUCUCUUCAGGUGGAUCAGCAGUUAUGCAGUCUGGAUCAGAUCCUCCGGGAUCUGGACUGAAGUCAGUCAGAAGAUCCCCUCGUCUGUCUCCUCAGUGCGGCAGCCGCAGUAAAGGAAAGGAGGAAAAGAAAGGAGGGAGCAGUCUGCAGGAGGUGAAGAGGAGAGGAAGGAUGGAGAGGAGCAGAGAGGAAGAGGAGGAGAUGAGCGACAGACUGAAGACGCUGGAUCUGUCCAGUAGAUCAGCAGUCAGUGGAACAGGUCUGGUUUUCUCUGAGAUCUUCACUCAUCAUAAGAACUUGUGGGAGUCCAGUCAUCCAGAGAGUCCAGACAGAGUGACGUCCAUCAUGAAGGAGCUGGAGAGAGGAGACCUGCUGUCUCGCUGCGUCAGAGUGGAGCCCAGAGAAGCUACAGAAGAAGAGCUGCUGCUCGCUCACACGAAACAUUAUGUGGAUUUGAUAAAGUCGACUCAGAUGAUGACAGACAGUGAGCUACACGCUCUGUCUGAGAAAUACGACUCCGUUUACCUUCAUCCUGAGUCCUACAAGGUGUGUGUGUCAGCAGUGGGUUCAGUCCUCCAGCUGGUCGAUCAGGUCAUGACCUCUGAACUCAGGAAUGGAUUCGCUGUCAUCAGACCUCCAGGUCAUCAUGCUCAGUCUAACGAGUCGAACGGUUUCUGUAUCUUCAACAACGUUGCGAUCGCAGCUCGAUACGCUCGGACUAGACACUCAGUCAGCAGGGUGUUGAUAGUGGACUGGGAUGUUCAUCAUGGUCAAGGUAUCCAGUACCUGUUCCAGGAAGACCCCAGCGUCCUGUACUUCAGUGUCCACAGGUAUGAGCAGGGCUCUUUCUGGCCUCACCUGUCAGAGUCUGACAGUCAGUUUGUCGGCAGUGGACGAGCUGAAGGCAGAAACAUCAACCUGCCCUGGAACAAGACGGGGAUGACAGACGCUGAUUACAUCACAGCUUUUCAACAACUGCUGCUGCCUGUAGCCCACGAGUUUCAGCCUCAGCUGGUUCUGGUCUCUGCCGGGUUUGAUGCUGCAGUCAGAGAUCCGAAGGGGGAGAUGUGUGUGACUCCUCAGUGUUUCCAUAUUCUGACUCACAUGCUGAUGAGUUUGGCGGAAGGUCGGCUCGUUCUCACUCUCGAGGGAGGUUAUAACCUGCAGUCAACAGCAGAGGGCGCCGCAGCCUGUGUCAGAGCUCUGCUGGGAGGAGCCUGUCCUCCUCUGACACCACCCACCGCUCCGUCUGACAGUGCUCUGCAGUCGAUCUCUCAGACUGUCUCAGCUCUGUAUCCACACUGGGCCUCUCUGCAAAUACUGGAAGGCGGCCCAUUGGCUGAGGGGAGUGUCGUCAGAGCAACGACCGAUGAGCAGAAGACUGAGCAGACCAGCCCCACCCCUUCUGUUUCCACAGCAACAGGCCUGGUUUAUGAUGAAAGGAUGAUGGAACAUCUGAACAUGUGGGACAGACAUCACCCUGAACAGCCUCAGAGGAUCUUUAAAAUCUUCUCCAAGCACCAGCAGCUGGGAUUGGUUGAUCGUUGCCAACGGAUACCAGCUCGAUUAGCAACAGAGGAGGAGCUGUCCAGGUGUCACAGUGCGCAGCACAUUCAGCAGAUGAAGGCCACAGCAGUGAUGAAGACCAGAGAUUUACACAAACUGGGUGCUGAAUUCAACUCCAUUUACAUUAACAACCAGAGCUUCCAGUGUGCUCUGCUGGCUGCUGGAGGCUGCUUCAACGCUGUGGAGAGGAUCCUCACAGGACAGGUGAGUAACGGUGUGGCCAUCGUCCGUCCUCCUGGACAUCACGCAGAGAGAGAUUCUCCCUGUGGUUUCUGUUUCUUUAACACGGCAGCGCUUACCGCUCGCCACGCCCAGAAAGUAUCCCAUGAUACACCGCUGCGAGUACUCAUCGUGGACUGGGAUGUCCACCAUGGCAACGGGACACAGCACAUAUUUGAGGAUGAUGACAGUGUCCUCUAUGUCUCCCUCCAUCGCUAUGACAACGGGAUGUUCUUCCCAUCUUCAGAGGACGCUGCCCCCGACAGGGUGGGCAUAUCCAAGGGGGCAGGGUUUAAUGUCAACAUAGCGUGGAGUGGAGGGCGCAUGGGCGAUUCCGACUACCUCGCUGCCUUUCACCGUAUUGUCAUGCCGAUCGCCACUGAGUUCAACCCCGGUCUGGUUCUGGUGUCGGCCGGGUUCGAUGCAGCUCGGGGGGAUCCACUGGGUGGAUAUCAUGUGACUCCGGAGGGAUACGCCCACCUCACACACCUGCUGAUGUCACUGGCGGGGGGGCGGGUCCUGCUCAUACUGGAGGGAGGUUAUAACUUAACCUCCAUCUCUGACUCCAUGGCGAUGUGCACCAGCGUGUUGCUAGGAGACCCUCCUCCAUCCUUGACGACGCCCCUCCCCCCUCCUCAUCACAAUGCCGUGUCAACGAUCAACGAGGUCAUCCGACACCACGCCCCCUACUGGAGGUCACUGAGGAUACACCUCCCAGAGUCUGUGCGGGCAUCCCUGCCUUCCCUGAAGCAUCGUGGGAAACGUAGUUCUAAAGGACAAGGGAGGAAGUCAAAGCAGCUCAGCACUGACCAACCACUGCUGCCCCCUACAGGACAGGAGGCCACAACGACGGAGUCCAGUCUGGAGCAGCUCACACAGGGACUGGCCAGUUUGGACAUCAGUCAAACCUCAGCCAAUCACACUACCUCUACGUCCACCCCAGUGGGUGGGGCCAGGCCGAAGGUCCGCCUUGCCCUGGACAAGGUCACUGGUGAAGGUGAAGUGAAGACAGAGUCAAGUGAAGUGACUCCUGAGCAAAGCCAAUCAGAAGGGAGUACACUGCUGCAGACUCAGACUGUUGCCACGGCAGCGUCAGAGUCAUCUGCUGGUGGAGGGGGGGCGGAGCCAGAGACAGAGGGAGCCUGUGGUUGGUCGAAGUCUCAGACGUCUCUGGAGCUGAUGUGUGGAGGACAGACGGAUGCCCCUCUGUAUGUGGUGAACCCUCUGUCUUGGUGUCCUCACCUGGAUGCUGUUAAGCCCCUCCCCCCCUCAGGUAUAGAUGUCUUCCUGGCAUGCCAGGAUUGUGGCUCUGAUGCUGAGAACUGGACCUGUCUCACCUGCUACCAGGUGUUCUGCGGUCGUUACGUUAACGAGCACAUGGUGAUUCACGGCGUCGUAUCCGAACAUCCGAUGGUUCUGAGCUUCUCUGAUCUGUCAGUAUGGUGUUACCUGUGUGAGGCCUACAUCCACAACCAGAUUCUGUUUGAAGCCAAAAACGCUGCUCACUUCGCCAAGUUCGGAGAGGAGAUCCCUCCAUGGAUCUGAGAGGUGGAGGAGGAGGAGAUGAUGUUUUUAUUUUUCUCUGUCUCUCCUCCUUCAGUUUAAUUGGACUGUUGAGUGUGUUCAUUUGUUCAACAUCCAGCAGCACUGGUGCUUUGUGGGAAAUCUACGGUGUCCCACAACUGCCAAAAAACAAACAAACAAAGAAAUUACAUUUUUAUUUUUCAUAUUUUUUAACUGCAGAUUGGUGCUGAUCAUCUUCAUCAUCUUUAUUAUCAUCAUCUAAACCUGUCAGCAGGUUGUGAAAAUGUGACCAAUCACCAGCAGCCAAUUGUUCAGCAGAGAAGAAGAGUUGUGCUCUGGAGGUCAGAGAGGUGAUGAUGUCAGCAAGAGGCCACGCCCACAAACUGUCCUUUUUUUUAAAUUUAAUUUUUGUGACAGAACAACGAAAAUCUGCUUCUCAUUAUUUAUUUCACAGUGUUUAGUGUAACUAUUUCUCAUGUUCAAUUAAUGACAAACUCUUUGAAAUAUGAUCCACUGAGGUUUUUCACGCCAGACUUUAUUCUGAUAAGAAUUUGGAGCACAAAGUGGUCAACAAGCAGCUCGUUAAAGCAGCUCGUUAAAGCAGCUCGUUAAAGUUCAGCAGCAGUUUAUGACAGGAGCGAAAGUGUUUGUUUCUCGGCUUGUAAAUGUUGGACUAACGGUAAUAACAUUCAGUGAUCAGUGAACUUUCCAGUGACAGAAACCAGCAAAAAGUUUUCAUUCAGCAGCUGAUGCAUCCAGCAAAUAAAAGA